UUUUGUUCUAGACGGUAGAGAUAACCUGGAAAUUGUAGAGAGACAAAGUUUGUUCUUUUCAAAGUUAAGACAUAAUUUAUGUAUCAUAAAAUUUACCCUUUUAAAGUGUUUAAUUUAGUAGACUUUAGUAUUUCCAGAGUUAUGAGACCACCACCAUUAUCUAAUUUUGAAACAUUUUUAUCACCCUGAAAGAAAUUCUCUACUGCUUAGUAGUCACUGUCUAUUUCCCUUUCUUUACAGCUCCUGGCAACACUAAUCUACUUUCUAUCUCUACGGAUUUGCAUAUUCUGGACAUUUCAUAUAAAUGGAAUUAUAUAAUAUGUGGCCUUUUGUGUGUGGCUUCUUUCACUUGGCAUGUUUUCAAGAUGUCCAGAAGGCUUCUUGGGGGAAUAUUGUCAACAUCGAGACCCCUGUGAGAAGAACCACUGCCAGAAUGGUGGGACUUGUGUGGCCCAGGCCAUGCUGGGGAAAGCCACGUGCCGAUGUGCCUCAGGGUUUACAGGAGAGGACUGCCAGUACUCGACAUCUCAUCCAUGCUUUGUGUCUCGACCCUGCCUGAAUGGCGGCACAUGCCAUAUGCUCAGCCGGGAUACCUAUGAGUGCACCUGUCAAGUCGGGUUUACAGGUAAGGAGUGCCAAUGGACCGAUGCCUGCCUGUCUCAUCCCUGUGCAAAUGGAAGUACCUGUACCACUGUGGCCAACCAGUUCUCCUGCAAAUGCCUCACAGGCUUCACAGGGCAGAAGUGUGAGACUGAUGUCAAUGAGUGUGACAUUCCAGGACACUGCCAGGAUGGUGGCACCUGCCUCAACCUGCCUGGUUCCUACCAGUGCCAGUGCCCUCAGGGCUUCACAGGCCAGUACUGUGACAGCUUGUAUGUGCCUUGUGCACCCUCGCCUUGUGUCAAUGGAGGCACCUGUCGGCAGACUGGUGACUUCACUUUUGAGUGCAACUGCCUUCCAGGUAAGGAGCUCCCUAGUGUCCCAGGAUUAGGGGACAAACCCCUAGCACAGGAGGUAGUGGGUGUGGCUCAAUUGCUUUUUUUAGGAAGCGCAAGGAAAAAGGGAAGUGAGAAUUUUGUGUGGGGUGGGUUGCUAGUGAGGGAGGAGUUUUAUGGGCCCACUGUGGUCCAUAAACUGAGCAGGGGAUAAUUUAGCAUGUCAGGGUUUAUGAUGAUGAGUGGCUAGAAAAUUGUUUAUUGUCCCUUUUGUAGAAACAGUGAGAAAUAAGAGGAACAGAGCUCUGGGAAAGAGACAGGCAAGUCUGGAAUGGAAAAGAACACGAUGAGAAUUAGACACUGGAAAAUAUGUAUGUGUGGUUAAUAAAGUGCUUUAAACUGAAUUGA